UCGCCUCCGAUGUCAGCAGUGCAUGCUGACCGAGAGAGAGGGUCUUGUCUUUGGAGAAGACUUCUUUGCGUUCUUUGCACUCCCAAGAAGGGACUCGGCGUCGAGGGGACCAAGCUGCCUGUUUGUGACCAUCAGUGUAGCUUACAGUAAGUGGCGUUCAUACUAUUGGAAUACCGAUACUGCAGUUGCGUCGGAUACGAGACCUCCGACAAGUGGGCACUGUCCGUUACCCCGGCCAAAGCUAUCAAAAUGCGGAAAGGUGAAUGGUGAUGCCCAGCUUCUAAGGCAGUCCGCCCUGAAGGCCCUCCACAACUCGCAUAUCUGCGAUUCAGAAUCGGGAUUUGCACCCAAUCACUUUGUCUGAGCGCUGGGCAAAUGUGUUUGGAAACCCCGCAUUCCCCGUUUUAGCCACACCGGCAGCUCCAAACUUGUUCCAAGGCGGCCGGGAGAAGUGCCCUGAGAUGGCUUGGAAGGCAUGCACGCGCGGAGGUACCUUGACAAGUUCGUGUGUUUUCGGAAGAGAGUAGCAGCUGGGGACUAUCUGGGGCAAAAAAAUGGAUGUCUUCACCCCACACUGAAACGUGGGCUAUGAAUAUAAGAGACAAAGCCCACAUCCCCAGAUUCUUUCUUCUCCAGAUCAUCCAGCUCGGUCUCUGGGGAUCUAACAGUACUUUGUUCAUCUCUUUGUCUACCA